CAUUUGUCGGGUCAGCUAGUUAGUGUUAUAAUUUUAUAUUUUGCACGCAAUAUUACAAAUAUGACACUCAUUUUUUUAGCGUAAUUUUUCUAAAACACGUCUUGACUUUUAAUUAUUAUUUUUGCUAUAUCAUUACCGAAAAAAAACUAUUUAACUAUAGUAUUACCAAACACAAACCAUGAUUAGAAUUGCCAAGUAUAAUUAGUAAACUAGUUAUUAAAUAUACAAACAUUGGAUCAAUAUAAAUCAAACUAAUUUUUGAGGUGAAAAAAUAUUUCCGAAUAUUUCAACAAGUGAGGUAGUAGCAUCAUUAAAAUGUCUCAGUUUACAAAGUAUUUUGUUUUUUUGUUAUGUGCUUCGAGUACACUGGCAAUGUUUGAUGAAUCCACAUUGUCAGACGAUAUGAAGAAAAUGUUCAAAAUUUUACACGACAUAUGCGUUAAUCAAAGUGGAGCAAGCGAAGCGCUAAUUAAUAAACUGAAAAUUGCAGAAUUUCCAGAAGGAGAUAAAAACAUUAAGUGCUAUGUAAAAUGUCUACUGGUUCAGACAGGAGCUAUGGACUUACAAGGUAAUGUCGACGUUGAAGCUGCCAUGGACGCGAUUCCUGACGCUUUGAAAGAUGGAAUCAGGGUUGGUGCACAACACUGCGUUGCAAAAUUCGACCACGUGACCGAUCAUUGCCAAAAAGCUUACUUAUUAGUUCAAUGUCUGUAUGAAGUAGAUGCAGAAGCCUACAUGAUGGUUUAACUCAAAAUUCUAGAAAAAUUUUUAGAAAUGCAAAGUUAGAAGGUCUAAAAUGAACCAAAUAUUUGUGUAUUUAAACAAAUUAUAAAUAAAUAUUAAUAUAAACAAAAGAGAUUUUCAAUUA